AUGGAGUCGUUGUUAUCGAUAGUAUUAGUAGCGCUCCUGCUAGUGAUAGCACCGCUGGAAGGAUUAAAAAAUCAUAAAACACAACAACACCAUCGGAACGGUGAUGGUACCAAUCGGCACUUGCCGUUAGAAAAGGCUGGCAACGCCGACGACGGCAUCCCUAAUCCUAUUUAUCCCCUGAUGGUACCAUCGCAUAACCAGGACACGGUCACACUGACCUACAAUCAUUCUGGCAAGGUCACCGUGUUACCGCUUAUCCAGAGUCAGGGUCGGGCGACUGGUGACUGUCAGCAUUACCGAGGAGGAACGCAAACCCGGACCAGACACGACGGUCAACCAACCACCGAGCUUAUCAGCUGCGAUGGUCGCAUCCGGGGGACAGUACGCCUACCGGAAGGAACGUUCCGUAUCGAGUACGAUACCACCGCCGGAGUUCACUUUAUUCAACGACUGAUGGACCACCGGCAACGUGCGAAACGGAAUUAUCUCAGCACCCUCAAAGGACCAUACCAGGCAAAUGCACACUCGAACUACGUGGAGUUAGUGCUCGUCGUGGAUAAUUCACUGUUUCGCAAGCUGGACCAGGACACCUGGAGAGUGUACCAGUAUUGCGCCCAACUCGUUAACCAUAUCAACAUGCUGUACAAUCCCCUCAACAUUUUCAUCGCCCUCACGGACGUUGUGGUUUGGAAGGACGGGGACCGUAUCACCGUGUCUACAAGGGCAGACGAAACGCUAAACAAUUUCCUUGGAUACCGAUCCACCACGCUGCUGCACGAUCACCCGCACGAUCACGCUCAGCUUCUGACAGCGAUCGAGUUUAAGGAUAAUGUGAUCGGAAAGGCUAAAGUAGGCGGCAUGUGUUCGGAUCGCAGCUCGGGUGCGAUCGUGCGUAUCCACACAGAUAACGUGAACGUACAAGCGAGCACACUGGCCCACGAGAUGGGUCACAGCUUCACGAUGGAGCACGAUGAGGAUGGUAGUUGUGCCUGUCCCGACGAGAAGUGCAUCAUGACACGCACCGUGACGGGACUUAAGCUGCAGCACUGGAGCAACUGUAGUCUCGAACAGUUGACCACGGCGUUCGGACGGGGGUUGCACCACUGUCUAUCGAACCGUCCGACCCGUCUGGCGUUCGAGAGCUGCGGCAAUGGGUUCGUUGAACCGGGCGAGGAGUGCGACUGUGGACUAGAAGAGGCGUGUGAGAAUAAUUGCUGUGAUGCAAGGACAUGUCGGUUACGGGAAGGGGCACAGUGUGCGACGGGUGAGUGCUGUGAUCUAGAGACGUGCCAGUUGCGUGAACCUGCUGCUCCAUGUCGGCAUGCGCAGGGGGAGUGUGACUUGCCCGAAUACUGUACGGGACGGUCGGAGUUUUGUCCAGCAGAUGUGCAUCGACGUAAUACGGAACCGUGCGCUGACGGUGAAGCUCAUUGCAUCGAAGGACGCUGUCGAACACGGACGGAUCAGUGUCGUGCGCUGUGGGGACCUUCGGGAUAUGCGGCCAGCGAGGCGUGUUACGAGGCAAAUGCAAAGGGCACAAAGUACGCCAACUGCGGUUACCAGGGACGGCCGGCAGAAAGCUUCCGGAAGUGUGCUACACCGGAUGUGAUGUGCGGAUUACUGUUCUGUCACCAUCACAAACCGGACGAGAUACUGGAGCUGGGCGAAUAUAAUGGAGAUUCGCGAUACAGCGUGCAGAAGGGCAAUGAGACAAUGCGGCACGUCCUGUGUCGCUCGGCGUACGUGGAUCUGGGCGAUGGACUGGGGCGACAUCCAGCAUUCGUACCGGACGGGGCACCGUGUGGUGAUGGAAGGAUGUGUUACAAACAGCGGUGUGAAAGUGUGGAGCGUUUGAACGCGUGGGGCCUCGGCGGAAAGACGUGUACGCACGGUUGCUUUGGGCGUGGUGUGUGUAACAGUGAGGGACAUUGCCAUUGCCAGGUGGGAUAUGAUCCACCUUACUGUGAGCAUUCCGGUGUAGGAGGAUCGCUCGACAGUGGACCAGCCUCUACCGAAACAGGAACUAUCAAUGAUCUGCUAACCUAUGCUGCUUUCACACUGGUGUUGUUUGCUCUGUUGAUAUCGGCUGCAGCCUAUGUCCGUAGUUUACGCGGUGGAAUCGUAUCGCAAUGGGGACGUGGACAUUGGGGUGGUUGCAAGGUUCGUGGUACAAGCCUUCGUGAACCGAUCAAGGCAGCGACACCAAUUGCAGCCCGGGACAUAUCGCUUCCAAAGUACCACUCGUCUACACGUGACAUCAGUGACGAUCAGCAGUAUCGAACGAUUGCCGGAACCUCCUGGCAGACAGAACCGGACGGACCUGGAGUUAGAGUGUUAACAGUGGCUCGCCCACUGGAAGGUACACACGGACCACCACUAACGAUCGAGUACCGGAUCGUACCAGGCACUCACCGCCACGCACCACAGCCACCAGCCGUCCCGAUUCAUCGACAGAGACCAUUCUAG